CAAGUGCGCCCUUCUAUUCCAUCCAGAUCCAGGCAACCAAUCCGAGUAACUCGGAAGGCCGCCGCAACCACAUGGCUCGUCGCUCCACCCUCCUCCUCCUCCUCCUCGCCGUCUUCUCCUUCUCCUCGGCACGCGCAAGCCUCGGCGAGUCAGACGCGAACCCGAUCCGGUACGUCACUGACCGCGAAUCGCUCCACUCGUCUCUCCUUGCCGUACUCGGCCGCUCCCGCGAUUCUCUUCGCUUCGCCCGCUUCGCUCUCAGGUAUGGGAAGUCAUACGGCAGCGUGGAGGAGAUACGGACGAGGUUCGCGGUGUUCGCGGAGAACCUGGCGCUGAUCCGCUCCACGAACAGGAAGGGGUUGCCGUACCGGCUGGGAAUCAACAGUUUCGCGGACAUGACCUGGGAGGAGUUCCGCGCGAGCCGGCUCGGGGCGGCGCAGAACUGCUCGGCCACGCUGAAGAGGAACCAUCAGAUGGCGGAGGUGGAGCUCCCUGACACGAAAGACUGGAGAGAAUCAGGCAUAGUCAGCCCGGUGAAAGAUCAAGGGCACUGCGGAUCUUGCUGGACCUUCAGCACGACCGGUGCACUGGAAGCGGCCUACAAGCAGGCCACAGGAAAGGACAUCUCCCUCUCGGAGCAGCAACUGGUCGACUGUGGUUAUGCUUUCAAUAACUUCGGCUGCAACGGAGGGUUGCCUUCCCAGGCCUUCGAGUACAUCAAAUACAACGGAGGCUUGGAUACCGAGGAAUCUUAUCCCUACCAAGGCGUUAAUGACCUCUGUAAAUUCAAACCUGAAAACGUAGGCGUAAAAGUUCGCGACUCUAUCAAUAUCACUCUGGGUGCCGAGGAUGAGCUGAAGUAUGCUGUGGGAGUGGUUCGACCGGUCAGUGUUGCUUUCCAGGUGGUGCGUGAUUUCAGGCUCUACAAGGGAGGAGUCUACUCCAGCCAAACCUGUGGCAAAACUCCCAUGGAUGUGAACCAUGCUGUUCUAGCUGUUGGUUACGGGGUGGAGAACGGCAUCCCGUAUUGGCUCAUCAAGAACUCGUGGGGAGAAGAUUGGGGUGUGGAUGGCUACUUCAAAAUGGAAUUGGGGAAGAACAUGUGUGGUGUUGCAACAUGUGCUUCCUUUCCUAUUCUAGACGUGUAGAGCCAUCUCCGGCGAGUCCUCUCCGAUAGAAUCCAUAUUUAUAUAACAUUAACGGCUUUAUAUGCCGCUGGGAAGAUGUUGUUCUAAACAUUCUAUGCUUUCUCAAGGGUUUUUAAAUGAAGGUCAGCACCACUAUACAAAUACAACUCCACCUGUAAAGAUUCUCGAUCGGUGAGGAUUAGAAUAAUUUAGCAUUGCUAUUGUAUGUGUAAUUGCUCUAUCUAUGUAAUGUUGGACGUUUUAUAUAAAGAUUGCUGUAAAAUCCCAAUAAA